AUGACGGAACUCGAGUCGGAUGACCGCUCUGUUGAGUUGUCAUCCAUCGUUGCCAUCUAUCCGGAAAUUCAGAUCGAUCCCUCCUCUCCAUUCAAGGCCUCACUAGAUCUGCCAGUCGCCCCGUCAUCGCCAGCCCACAUUUGCUUUCAGCAGCUCGACACCGGAUUCUCUCCCGCGCUGACACCCCCGACCUCUGUGGAUGGAUCGAAGGCGGAUCUGGCUCAUCCCGCUAUCAGAGAUACCCACAUCAUCUCUCACUUGCCUCCGCUCAGUCUCAAUAUCGAGUUGCCCGACGGAUACCCCUCUGAGAACCCUCCAAUCGUUCACCUCGGCACCUGCCCGCCGUGGCUUCAAUCCUCGGUUCUGACGAAACUAUCAGAUGACUGCCAGCGACUAUGGGAGGAAUGUGGAAAGGACUUGGUGGUGUAUACCUACAUCGAUCAUCUUCAGCAGCUCGCUGAAACAGCCUUUGGGAUUCAAGACGGACCGGACGGGGAAGUGUGUCUGUCGCGGGACUUGAAAGUCGCAAUGUUGGACUUCAACAACAAGGCCGAACGGGAGAAGUUUGAACAAGAGACCUUUGAAUGUGGAGUGUGCCUGGAACCGAAGAAAGGCGUCAACUGCUAUCGACUCCUCCGAUGCUCGCACGUCUUUUGCAUUCCUUGCCUGCAAGAUUUCUACAAUAGUUGCAUCACUGAAGGAGAUGUCGACAGCGUGAAGUGCAUGGCGCCGGAUUGCACGACCAACCAAGGCCCCACGGCUGUGCUGACCAGCGAAAGCCCGGUACCGAAGCGUAAGAAGCGUGAUCGGACCUUGGGACCCAGUGAGCUUCUCCAGAUCCCACUGGCUGCAGAGACCGUGCAACGAUACAUAUUUCUCAAGCGCAAGAAGAAGAUCGAGGCGGACAAAACUACGGUUUAUUGCCCGCGACAAUGGUGCCAGGGAGCUGCGAGAUCUAAACGCCAUCCCAAGCCAGCGGAUCCGAUGGCGGACGACCUGGACGCCUCCGAUGAAGAAGACGGGUUUGUUUUUGAUCCUCUUGGAGACGAAGCCCAGCUGCCCCCGGUUGCGGAGCGGGUGGCCAUCUGCGAGGACUGUGACUAUGCCUUUUGCUGCGUGUGUAAGAAGGGUUGGCACGGCGAAUUGGUGCGCUGUUUCCCACGCCGCCAGGCUGAACAGACCGAGGAAGAGAAAGCAACCGAGGAGUACUUGCGGAUGUACACGUCUCCAUGCCCAACAUGCAAUGUGCCCUGCCAGAAACGAAUGGGCUGCAACCAUAUGCGGUGCUUCCAGUGCGAUACCCACUUCUGCUAUCUGUGCUCGAGUUGGCUGUCGACGGAAAACCCGUACCGCCACUUCAAUGAGCGGAGCAGCAAGUGUUACAACCGUCUAUGGGAUAUGGAGGGUGGCGACGGACUCAAUCCGGAUGGCGCCGAAGAGCUUCACCGCAUCCCCGAGGCCCUUUUAGUCUUUGACGAUGACCCCCCAGACGCCGACAGCGGAAGUGAGGAUGGCGAUGACCGCCCUGUCUGGGACUUUGACGAAAGUGACGACGAUCACGAGCGACGACACCCACCCCCUCCGGCUCCCAUCCCACCACAGGCCCCUGGUCCCCCACGCGGGGCCGGCCUACUUGAUCAGCGCCAGAACCCAAUUGUACUUGAUGCCGCCGCUCGUGCGGCCGCCGAGCGUCAGGCUCAAGCGCGCGCCAUAGCCGAGGUGCGCAACCGCCUGGAUGCCGGACGUCCUGCGCAGGGAGCCGAUGCCCCUCGAGGCGCUCAAGUAGACCGCGAGCGAGACCGGCGAAUUGGGCUGCAGCGAUUUUUGGCUCUUGUGCGAAACGACCGUGAAGAUGAAUGGGACAGUGAUGAAUUGGACGACUUUUGA